AAAAAAAUGAUGAAUGCAAUGAUAACCAAAAUGAUAAAAAAAUGAAAAAAACUAUUUUAAAGAUUUCCAAAGUGUAGCUGGCUCGGUUCUUCAUAAAACUAAUCCCCAUUUAUAGAAUGUAUAAUCCCAUAAAAAAUAACCAGUUAUAACUAUAGCUAACUGCAAGAAAUCCUCAGCUGAAAUAGCUGGUUCUUGUAAAGCAUGCCUCUGAGUUGCCAGGUACGCGAACCCUGCACCGCUAGCCCAUAUAGGCUUUGGUGAAAAGAGUGAAAGCCGUUUUCGCAUGGUAGCGGAGCUGGUUACGGGCCGUCCUGGGAGAGCGGCCGCUGGUGGUGAAAGAGAAGAGGAGGCCAGCCGCGUGAGUAGCGGCGACCACAGCCCGUCACUACGGGCAAGCCCGGCCAUCCGGGUGAGACCCGGUGGCGAUCAGCAGCUGCGGUCGAGCGGCGUGCUGAGAGAGGGGCUCUUAGAAGAGCCGAGGUUGAGCUACGUUGAGGGGCUUCGGUUGCAGUCAGCACCGCAGCUUGGAGACCCUGACUUCGUGGACCACAGAAACCCAGUGCGAGGAGGAAUUCCUGCGCACAGUGCGGUGUCAACAGCGGCGCAAAGAGGGUUCAAUCGCUUUGCAAGGCGGUACCCGCACCUGGCAGAGCAGGUGAGAAACAACCCAGGGAGGUCGACAAGAAACUCCUACGCAAGGGAGACAGGAGGACGUCGAGCAGCUCACGGACUACUUGGCGAAGGGCUUGAGCCUGCAGUGGACGAGAACGCUACGCAGACAGCAUCCGAGGAGGUGCUGGAAAGAAUCAGGCAGGACCUGAGAAGCGAGACCGACGAGGACGAGACAGUCUUCGUUGACGGCGUCCUCGAAGAGGACGGCAGCAGCAGCUCUUCGGCGCCCACGCAGGUCACCAGGACCGCGGGUGGAAGGGCAGUGACAAGACUCCCGGAGGAUCGAGACACCGUGAUCCCCGAGGACAACCAGACCGAGUUCUCAGAAGCAACGCUGACUCACGCACCAACAAGCGUGUGGUACAGCGUAGACGAAGAAGAAACAGAAGAGGCCGCAGAGCAGAGCAGAAGGAAACGAGCAGCAAGUUCCAGCACAAGGAGUGGCGCAACUGGGCCGGCUGGGGAGCUUACGGACAAGGAUACGGUUAUCACCGAGGAGAGGAGUCUCAUACACCCCAGCAAUGUGCCCAAACCACCAACAUACAAUGGAAAGAAAGAAGAGUGGGAAAAGUUCAAACACAUUUUCAUAGCAUGGUCAAGCACAGUUCAUGGCAAGUAUCCUGAGCUCUUGGAAAAGUAUGGAGCAGCUAAGGAUCCAAUUGAUGAAGUUGCUUUUACCGAGGAAGAAGAUCGUUUGGCAAAAGCGAUGUACACCUUCUUGAUGCAGUAUUGCCCCGAACUGACAAUGAACGUCAUCGGGCAAGGGCUGCACGAUGCGAAUGGAUUUGAAAUUUGGAGGCGAUUGGUUCGACUCUCAGAACCCUCCUACCGCACCAAGGUCGCCAAUAAGGUUGAUGAUGGAGGUCCAAUGCCAAUGGACAUCGGUGGAGUUUCCAAAGGAAAAGGUUCCAAGGGUGACAAAGGAAAAGGCAAAGGUGGAAAAGGAAAAGGUAACUACGACCAGAGUGGAAAAGGAGACAAGGCCUGGAAAUGGCAAUACAGCGACAAAGGUACUGAAAAGGAAAGACAAAAGGCAGCCAUGAGAAAGGAAAGGGUCCGGGGAGAGGAAAAGGAGGUAAAGGUAAAAGUCAGAACGAUAAAGGAUCAGGCAAAGGAGGUCAAGUGA